AACCCGCUCGGACAAGGGCCCUCGCGCAUGCGUCCUGAAGUACGACGGCCAUCUUCCCGAUCGAUCUCUUUCUCAGCGUCCCUUCUGCAGGUGGACGAGCAGCAAUAAACCGGCAAGAUGGUGAAUAAUAUCAUCCCAAAUGCCCAUUUCCAUAAGGAUUGGGACAAGCGGGUUAAAUGCUGGUUUGACCAACCCGGCCGUAAGAGCCGUAGACGCCAGGCUCGUGAGAAGAAGGCACUGAGGGUUGCCCCAAGGCCUGUUGCUGGAUCUCUGCGCCCUGUCGUACGUUGCCAGACUUUCAAGUACAACACGAAAGUCAGAGCUGGCCGUGGCUUCACUUUGGAGGAGCUGAAGGCUGCUGGCAUCUCCCGCAAGGUUGCUCCCACCAUUGGCAUCACUGUUGACCACAGACGCCGCAACCGAUCCUCAGAGUCUCUCCAGGCCAAUGUACAGCGCCUUAAGGAGUACAGAUCCAAGUUGAUCGUCUUCCCACGCAAGUUGAGCAAGCCUAAGCGUGGUGACAGCGAUGCUGCUGAGCUGAAGGUUGCUUCCCAGUUGGCUGGACCCAUCCUGCCCAUCCGACAGGUGCACCCAACCAUCAAGGCCCGUGCCAUCACUGACGAGGAGAAGACCACCUCCGUCUUCCGCUCCAUGCGUAUUGCUCGUGCCAAUGCUCGUCUUGUCGGUGUCCGUGAGAAGCGUGCCCGUGAGGCUGCAGAGGCUGAUGUGCUGAAGAAGAAGUAAACCUGGAUAACCUUUACCAUCUACACUCUCGUCCGAAUAAACAAUUGAAAAGGA